AUGCAGCUCUCCCGCGUGCUCGCCACCUUUGCGGUUUCCAUUGGUGCCACAAAUGCUUCUUUCAACACAUUCGCCAUCGGAGCUACUGGUCUAGCCUUGAUAGACGUAUGCCUAGGUGCUCCUUCACCUAUUAAUAUUCCGCCCCCAGAUUGUGAUCGCAAGACUUGCUGCCCUGCCGAUGCACCAGAAUCGGGCUGGCUGUGCUGCUAG